AGCGUAUAUAAGUACAUGCAUAUACAUAUAUAAAUUUAAUUAAUAAUAUUGACCAAUUGAUUGAAAUCCUAGCUAGCUCUUUAAUUUAUGAUGGCCUUGGUUCAGAAACGUCCUUUCACUGUAGCCAUAACGAUAAUAGGGUUGACCUUGAUGGUGGCAUGCAAUACUGCAGAGGCGGCGGCGCAAACUCUUGAAGCUGGCGGCGGCGGCGGCGUGAGUCCAAUUUCGUCAACGGCAAUACAACUAGGUCGUUGCCUGGUCACGUGUGGGACCGGCAUUCUUUCCUGCGGUGGCACGUGCGGCUUCAAGACAGACACCACCGAAGCCAUGGGGUGCUGGACCGAGUGCGGCACCACCAACAUGGAUUGUUUAGGAGCUUGCCUCGACUCCACUUAGCUACCUACCUACCUUUGUUUAUUGCGCAUAUACAUAUGUGUGUGCGCGCCCAAAUUAAACUCGUAAAAUAAUUAAAUAACAUAUGUAACUCAUACAUAAAUAAAGCUCGUUCCACGAAUAAAUUAUGAAAAACUUCAAAUAUUUGUGCCCAAGCCAUAUUAUUUUUC